GUACGAUGUUGAUGGGUGAUGGCUGGUUUACAUGGUUAACCAACGUGUUUAUUGUAUGCUUUAAAUGUCUGCCUCUAUGCCACAGCAUAUAGGCGUGUUACGCGACACCUAUAAGCUACAUGCGAUCAGAUAUACAGUAUGCUGUUACAAAUUAGAAUCUACAUCAACUUUUCGUUUGUGCAUCGGGAUAAUGGCAUCAAUGCUGUGUGUAAAUGUAUAAGAUGUGUCAUACGUAUACAUGAGGGAGAAGUUUUAUCCUUUUAAGAAUUUAGCACGUAAAGAGGAUUUAAAGUGAAGGCCGGAUUAAAAUCUGUGCAAAUCUUUCGAUUCGGAUUGUUACUUAAGCUACGCACGACUUAACCAUUUCGUGUAUUAUUAUUGAAAUAAAACAAAAUUGUGCAUGUUAGAAGCUCGCGAUCAAUAUCGCAUAGUUUGUAAGCUGUUGAUCUUUUUGUGCUAGAUAAUAUUGGGUUUACGAUUAAUAACUAUUUCUGAAGUAAUUUCUUUUGUUGUUAAGUUUAACUAUAUACCUGCGAGAGCGAAGUUUAAUCUUGUGGAUCGAUUUGUCAAGUGGAAAUAUUGGAAUGUGAAGACUUAUUCAAACCAGUAGCUGGUAGUUUUCGAUAAUUAUGCGAAUGGCGUGUAUGAAUGAAAGAUCAAUGGAAUCUAACGUCUGUCUCAUUGUGUAGAAACAUGCAGAAUCAGCCUUACUGGAUUGCUGAUGAUGUUCGAUAAUUUACAUACAAUGUGCAGAGGGAUUCUAGAUCGUGUAAGUGUCUGCUAUCUUGUGGAAACUCGUGUGUACCAGCUGCUAUGGUGCUGAGUUCGUGCCUGCCUGCUGUGCCCGUGUAUCGUGUAUCAUGAGCGCAGAGGCGGUGACGGGGCUGCUCGUGCUCGAGCCGAAGCCCCUCCGGCCGUUCCGAAGUAAAGACGAGUAUGUGUAUGCAAUGAAAGAGGACCUGGCCGAGUGGUUUGCAACCCUCUACACGGGGCUCGUGAUUAACGCAGAUAACUUCCUGACGGAGCUGGAGACUGGCGUUCUCCUCUGCAAACACGCAAACCAGUUACGACAGUUUGUCGACGAACAGAAAACGCGAGGGGUGUAUGAAACGUUGAAUUCGAACUUCGUUCGUGAUAUACAAAUACCAGGGUAUACAGUUCAGUAUAGAACUGACGUUAAAUCUGGCACGUUUUUGGCUAGAGACAAUAUUUCUAAUUUUAUUACCUGGACAGCCAGAUUAGGAAUUCCAGAGGUUCUUCGUUUCGAGACCGAUGAUUUGGUUUUAUGUAAAAACGAACGGAGUGUGGUGCUCUGUUUACUCGAGGUCGCGCGAAUAGGUGCGAAGUUCGGUAUGCUAGCCCCUACAAUUGUACGCAUGGAAGAGGAAAUUGAAAGCGAGAUUGAAACUGGAAAACCGCCGGCACAAAUUAUAACGUGUGACGUAAAGUCUUUAGAUGAACUGGUUCAAGAACUAGUCGGCCGAUGCACUUGCCCACGCCAGUUUGCCAUCAUUAAAGUCGGGGAAGGAAAAUACAAAAUCGGAGAUAACCAAACCCUAGUGUUUGUACGGAUAUUACGCAAACACGUGAUGAUACGUGUGGGUGGUGGAUGGGAUACUCUAGAGCACUAUCUGGACAGACAUGACCCGUGUCGCUGUGGUUACCAAGGAGGAGGUCGACCGGGAGUGCGUAGCGCGGUCCAAACUAGGAGAAGUAGCACGCCGUCUGUACCUCAGCCCAAAACUCCCCAACCUUCCAGAAAGUUUUCUGCAACGUCGACACCGCUGUCCUCCAGAGCAGGCCAUUCAGACGCAACAGCGGCUAGACCACCCUCUCCUAGGAUGCGCAGUUUGUCGCCUUCGCCGAAGAACUCAACAGUCUCUACGGACAUUUUUCAAACGAACAACGUCAAAAUGAAUACACCGAGACUUAACAAAAAACAGAGCAUUGCUUACGCAGCUCCCUACAAGGCCAACACACGGAAUGCUGACCACAUGUUCAAUGAGGACAUUCUAGACGCGGCCCCUAUCUCGAACGGCGCUUUAUCAGAAAAGAACAUGUUUGCACAAGAAGCAGGGUUGCUAAGUACAAGUCUCGGCUUAAGACAUUCUCUUGAUGGCGACGAUUUAAAAGGACACUCAUCAAGUUCUAGUGCUACCCAUCUGUCAAAGAAUAACACACCUAACAUUGAAAUGGCGACUGAAACAAGUAACUUUGCGAUUGAUAAGAUAAGCACUAUGUCGUUGGGCGAAUUCAAAAACUUGCUCAACAGUACAUUGACCGUACCAAACAACGUAGGACAGCGGUGCGAAUCUCCAUUUUCGCAAAGCAGUGGCGAUAGUUACAAAGCUAAUAUUGAUCAAAAAGGCGAGUGCCGGAUUCCAAAGGCCGAAACACAUUAUUCACGAGUAUCGUCCAGAUUGUCUUCCAAGCAUAAUUUAGAUUCCAGCAGUGGUUAUUCUACCUCAUCGCCGUCAUCUGAUAAGACAACAAAAUCAACCACUUACUCAGCGAAGUCAGCAACUCUGGAUUCUGUUCAGACAUCAAAAAGAACAGAUUAUAAAUCACAGUAUUCAGACGUGCCAUUCAAAAAAAGUUUCACACCAGAUAAUUCAAAAACGAGCACCCGUGUGAAUAAGAGGCUGGAUCAGAAUGACGACGUGUUUAACAGAAAAGAAACAGAGACAUUAACGCAAACAAGUGCCAGUACGUUGACAAACAAGACUUCCAAUACAAGUGCAAACAAAAUCGCAAGACAAAAGGAUUUAUACUCGGUAAAUGAUAUUUCAACUGAACCUACAUUGAAUAUAAAGCCUCAAAACGUUUCAUAUGUGUCUGUUUCUUAUGACGAAGUCAAAAAUGAUUCUGUUGACAAUGAAAUCGACGAUAUUAAUACACAUAGACACAUACUUGAGAAGAAAGAAGCCGAUUCUCCGCUCGAUAUUUCAAAUAGACCUAAAACGCCAUCUGGUCGAACAACCCCGUCAUGUAUACCACGACCGGUGACUCCGAAACUACCAAAAAAAUCCUCUUUAUCGACUCCAGUAGAAAUAAGAAAUCGGACAGGACUCCCACCAACACCACGAAAAACAAGCGUCGCCCAUGCAAACGAAAUCGCGAGAUCAGCCGAUAAAAUUAAAGAACAGACAUAUCGAGACAUUUUUAGAAAACGGUCAACUACUCCGUCUAUAGAGUGUUCACCUCACUCUUCUGCGUCAUUGAGAAGGGCCGUUACCCCCGGGCCAUAUUUGCGCUCGUCGUUUAGUCUUGAUCUGACAUCUGACCAAACAUCUUUUAUAGAAACACACGUUUUAACUAAGGAACACAUCCAAACAGAGAAAAAAGAGACUACUGCGGAACCAGUGAUUGUAGUAAGUGUUGAUCGCACGGCAAACAAACACACACUCUCAUUGACAAAUCAGCGUGUGGAAAGUACGCCAGAUAAACCUGUCGUAAAGUCGAAAGUGUUGGCCCGUGCACGCACGCCACACAAUGAUAAAGCAAAGAUUAGAAUGGCAGAAAUUAGCCGUGAAAAGAGACCACAAAGUGUUGAGCCUAGUCAGUUAUUUCUAAAAACCAACAAACCAGAAGAAAAGUCGUACGACAGAACACAAGAAUGGGUUCAAACCACAGCAAGGCAGACGAAGGUAAAACAACCAAAAGCAUUUAAUGUGCGAAGAGCUAUGACACCGAAUUCUUUAUUAUUGACGGACAGUAUAAAUGCAGAACCACGGAGUCUUGACGAAAUCAAAGCGGCUUUAACGUUGCCUAUACAUACGUUAAAGGAAAUUAAUACAGAACAACUGGAAGCUCCACCCGAGGAUCCGGAAAUGUAUGCUAAAAUGGAACAAUUAUUUCACGAGUUAAGACAACAGGAACUUAAAAACUCUGUGAACGAAACACCCGGGGAUGGUGUUGUGACAAACUCUAGUUGCCCUAGAUCAGAAUCGUCCAAAUCGGACAGAAGUAAUCAAAACAGUAAAAGAUCAGCUGAGAAAGAGCCAGUAUCAACCUCAAGAAGUCAAUCGAGGAAAAGCUCUUUAUGCCAAAUGAAAAAUGUAUCGACAAAAAUGUCAAAUUCUGGAAGUGAUUCACUGAGAAAGAGAAGCAGUGUAUCAGGGUCUUCAACUUCCGAGAAAGCAAAUACAAGGUCACCGUCCCCUAGUCCACAUAUAAACGCAAACCAGCGGCCGCCAUCUCCAAUUAACACUGCGAGUAGGAAAAGCAACCCUGUUUCUGAGAAAGUAUCAUUAAAUCAACAACGAACUGAUUCAUCUGUACGAAAGGCAUUUCCGGUAAAACAAAUAACCAGCCGACCUGCAUCACCAUCCAGCUAUCUUCAAAGCAGCAGAGCUAGCAGCCAAUGUCGAGAUGGAUCGAUGCGUCCCGAGUCGACACCACCGUAUAAAUCCAACCCGGAAAGUCCCACGAAUGGCAGUGAUACUCAUCCGCGAACACAAAUAGCAAGCCGACCUGCAUCACCAUUCGGACAUCGUCAAAGCAGCAGAGCUAGCAGCCAAAGUCGAGAUGGAUCGAUGCGUCCAGAGUCGACAUCCUCGUAUAAUUCCAACCCGGAAAGUCCAGCAAGUGGCAGUGAAACUCAUCCGCGAACGCAGAUAGGUAGCCGACCUGCAUCCCCAUUCGGACAUCGUCAAAGCAGCAGAGCUAGCAACCACAGUUCAGCUGGAUCGGCUCGCUCCGAGUCGACACCCCCGUAUAACUGCAACCGGGAAGAGCCAGUGAGUGGCAGUGUCGUAAAUGAUUCAAACACGAUCGUCAAAAAAAUAAAGGAAAUAAUUAAAGUUCAACCCCGGAAAGAUAAAGUCGAUGGACAGAAGAAAACAAAAAUCCCAGCACCUAGAUCUUUAUCGCAGUUGGGAAAGUCGAAGUCCGUGUGUAACUUAUUGGAGUUUAGUACUGGAUUACAUGCGAUAGAUAAUAACGUUUGUUCGGGAACACUCGUAGAUGACAAAAGCACCGGUUCUUUCAGUGAUACAAUCAGUCGUAAAUUGGCUACACCUUUAACUACGGGACGUUCGUCCUUAAUCCGAAAGGAAAGUAUGGAAAAAAACAGAACCACUGCCGGUCUGUUUGUGCGUACAUUAUCUACUGAGCGAAAAGACAGUAUUGGUAACUUAUCAGGCGAAGAGUGUUAUGUUUAAAAGAAACAGUGAAUAUGUGUUUAGUGCGAGUGUGAAACUUAAUUCGUUAAUCUUAUAUUAGAGAAACAAUGUGUUUAACUUAUAACACAUGUUUUUAAAUAAGUGAAUCUACUGCUGAUUAUAUGUGCGUCUGUAUGAUCGGCGGACUUUCGGACGGGCAUCGGAUUGCAUCAAACAGGUCGUUUCCGAUCACACAUUUUAGUUGGCAUUUACCAAUUUUGAUGACACUCAUUAUACAGCAGUAAUGCAAGGAGACCUAGCUUGGGUAAAAACCUAUAGAAUAUAGGUCUUUAACUUGGGAUAGCAUUUUAGGCGUAUCUUGUCAAAUGUCAGUUACAACAAAUACCAGUUUUCGUUCAAUAACUUAAGUUUUGUGGAAGAUAUUGCACUGACAGUGUGUGUGCAUGAAGCUCUUGUGCAGACCUGGCGUUUGAGUGCGCACACACGUCUUAAUUGAUUACUUAAUUGUUGAAAACCUGGUUUUGUGGCUGAUGCCAUAAUUCUUGUUAGCAAAAUAUGAAGAUUUAGCCCUUUUGUAAAAUGUUUGUUACGUCAAAUUUCACAUGAAUGUUCCAACAAUCUCUGUUAAACCCUAGUGGAACAUGCACUUGCUUCGCAUAUCGAGUUUUAUAUGAACUUUAAAUGUCCUUUAAUAUAUAUAUAUCAAUUAUGUAGUGGGUAAUGUAAGCAAAAUUUUUCUGACGAACUUAGUGGAUGAUAACACAAAACGAAGGAGUUGUGAAACCGCGUCUAUUUAUAAAGAUCAAUUUGCUUCUCUAAUUGUUGUACCAAGGUUUUUGACGAAUACUGGAGUAAUUAUGUCAAAUCCAGAUUGACACAUGAUAAUGACACUUGCGAAUUAGUAAACACACUAUGUUUGAAGUGUUUAUCUAUAUACAAUUCAGCAAAGAAGCACUUUUAAAAUAAUUAACACGAUGAUUGAAACAAUGUUUGAAUAUCCCAUAGUAAACGCUGUCUAAAACAGUCUUGCUCAUUUUGGAAAUUUAUUUUCCAUUUCUGUGGUCUGUGUAUAUACAUUACGGGAACAUUCAUUUAAAUCAUUGCGCAUUUUAUUUUCAGAAAUAUACAAUUUUUCAUUGAUCAUUCAUUUUAAAGAUAUUCGAUUUAACCCCAUCCUACUCAUCUAACAAAUAUGCUCAUUGUGAAAUAUCUUUUAAUUUUACGUAGUUCAAUUUAUUAUUUUGUACAUACAAUUUAUUUAUAAUUGUGCACCCAGUGUUCUUGAACGGACCGCACAAAACAACUGUGUUAAAGUUCAGCUGUGAUACUUUUAUAUACUAUUUAUAUGACAAAAUAAAGUGACUGCUUAUA